CCACGUCAUUAAGCUCAUGAAAGUCGAGCUUAGCGGAAAUGGUAAAUUGAGAGAGAAAAAGGAAAGUAGGAGUCUACCGUGCUUUUCAAUAAAAACCCUAAUUCUAUAAAAUAUCGAAUUAGAGAAGAAUCGGAAGCAGAAAUCGCUGAGACAAAAAAAAAAAAAUGUCGGGGCAGCAGGAGGAAGAUAAGAAGCCCGGCGAUCAAUCCGCCGCCCAUAUCAACCUCAAAGUCAAAGGCCAGGAUGGGAAUGAGGUUUUCUUCAGGAUUAAAAGAAGCACGCAACUGAAGAAGCUUAUGAAUGCAUAUUGUGAUCGACAAUCUGUGGAUUUCAACUCAAUUGCCUUCUUGUUUGAUGGUCGCCGCCUACGAGGCGAGCAAACUCCUGAUGAGCUGGAAAUGGAGGAUGGCGAUGAGAUCGAUGCUAUGCUGCACCAAACUGGUGGCACAAAUGCUUCAUCUGUGUUCUCAUUUGUGUGACGCAAGAUUUAGUUUACUGUUUUUAGUACGUAGAGGGUGAGUUAUUGCCGGACUACUUAGAUGUUAUAUAUAGAUUUAUUGCUAUGGAGUGUUAGACUUGUCUUGUUCUGAAUAUCUAGCUCUUCUAGAGCUUUAAUGGCUACUGUUUGGAACUUCAUUUUCUUUAUACCUUUGCUUUGAUGGCUGUUUAACAAUUACUUGCUAUUUAUAUUCUAUAAGUAACGAUUUCUUGGUUUGCUACAAA